GACUCUUUUCCGUUCCUUUCCAUCCGUUUGCCAUAGAGAUAUUUUUCUUUAUUGGUUCAGAUAUUUUUCAGUGAAAAGAAUGAGAAAGUUUCCAGAGAGCAGCUGGUUGAAAUUCGGUCCUGCUGGGAGAGGAUCUUAUGACUGGAUGUCAGGAGCUUCAUUACCACCUCCUGAGGAAAAGCAGCUGCAGGGUUACCACUGGAACGAGCUCUUAACCGACCAGGAUGCGAAGACUGAGAUCGUCUUGUACGUUAUCCUCCCAAUGGUGUUGCUUUUCAUCUUCUGCCUCACAGCCUUCCUGAUCUACCAGAGAUGCUCACGCAGCAAGCUCAGUUUGGCCAACAUCAUUGCGCUGGAUCUUCAAGAUACAGACAGCAGCGCUGAGAUUCUGGCUUCACUCACAGCCAAUGCCGAGCGUCUGAACAGCACCAGCUCCGACACGUCCGAUGGCGUUUUUCUCAUGGUCUACCUUCCACCUCCCUACGAGGAAACCCUGACAAAGAUAACCCGCGCUGCCAGUCUCACCAGCGGCAAAGAUGUGGAGUGCAUAAAGAUGGAAGACCUUGAAGCCAAACUUUGUCCAGAACUCAAAUCCAGAGGGCAUUACGUGUAACUGAGAGUCACAAAUAUGU